GAUUACGAAUGCGAUCGAGAGAUGAGAGAUGGUACCGGCUAAGAGGGGGGCUGCUUGAUCGUAGCAAUAGUGAUGGUGAAAAGAAGAGAGAUGUUUAUGUAAAUUUAAUAUGAUAUAAUAUUUUUAUUAAUUUCACUCUAUCCACGUAAUCAAACCGGUUUCGAGUAGCACCAGCAUCGUUUGGCUCACCCAACCAGUCUGGCUACUAGCUUUUGGCGCGAAAAUUGAAACCAAACUCAAUACUCACAAACUAGGGUUUUCUUUUCGUAUCAGUUCACUCUGAAAUUCUUCUCAAAAUGUCAAAUUCUUGUGAUCAGCUGGAAGAAAUCAAAGCUCUGAUUUCUUCUAAUUCCAAGCAAAGUAAAUCAUUCGGUUAUUCUUCUCUUUUGCACUUUCAAGAACAGUCCACUAGUAUUCCGUCUGCUGUCCAAGCUCUUGCUCAUAAUGUCCCCUCUCUAGUUGCUUCAAUCGUCUCAGAUAUGUUUGAUGAGGAUGAAGAAACUGCAGCACAGGCUUUGAAGUGCUUGGGAUUUAUGAUUUACCAUCCAUCUCUUAUUGCCGCUGUUUUGGUGGAUGAUGUGAGUUUGGUUUUGCAGUCAUUGACCAAGCUUAUAAUGUCCACGAAAUUGAAGUCAGUACGUAAUUUAGGUGUGUGGUGUAUAUCUAUCCAACAAUUGAAUGUGUCAUUUCUUGCUUCCCAUUUCCAUUCACUGUUGCGAGCUGUUGUUCUUGCCCUUGACAAUCCUAUUGGUUCUUUGUCAACAACAUUUGAGGCUUUACAGGCUGUGAUGAAGUUAGCUUCUCAAUUAAGUGAAAAUAUGAGAGAACUGUCACAUAUAUGGGUUCCUCCAAUAUGUAGAAGACUUCUUAGUAGUGAGAAGAAAGAAAGGGACAUGUCAGAAAGAUGUUUGUUGAAUAUUAAGUCCACAAUGAUUCCUCCUACCCUAGCUCUGUCUAAGGCACUUGCUGAAGAAAUGAAGAAAAAUUUACUCGCUAGGAUGAAAGAUCUGUUAAACCAGGACAUGAAGAUUGAAACUAUCCAAGCAUGGGGAUGGUUCAUCCGCCUGCUAGGGUCUCAUGCCAUUAAGAAAAAUAGACAUUUAAUUAAUGAUAUGCUUAAAGUGCCUGAGCUGACAUUUUCAGAUCACAACCCACAAGUCCAAAUUGCUUCACUGGCUGCCUGGGAAGGUCUUAUUGAUACUCUUAUUUACCUACCAAUACUACCUCGUGAGACAAACAGAGAUGUUGAGAAUGGUUACCGUCAAGUGAGAGCACCUAAGGGAAAUAUUUAUGACAUCCAAGAAAAUGCAGCUCUCAAAAACAUAAAACUGAUAAUGACACCUCUGAUAGGCAUCUUUUCAAGUAAAUGUGAAGUAUCUGUUAUCUCUUCCUGCAUGACUACAUGGUGUUAUCUGCUACAUAAACUUGAUACCUCUAUUAACUGCCCAUCAGUGAUGAAAUUGGUGUUGGAUCCUAUCCUGGAAGCCGUUUUUCAGAAGGGACCUCAUGGUAAGAAUAUCUGGUCAUGGAAUCUAUGCCUAGAACUGCUUCAUGAUUCUAUUCUAGUCAAAUUCAAAGAUGUGAACUGUGACACCAAUGGCCUGAGAAUUGACAAUUUACCAGUUAAAACCUCUAUGCUUGGACCUUCAAUAUCAGGUGAAUACUAUUGGAAGCAGUAUCCAAUUAAAUGGUUGCCAUGGGAUCUUAGCCGAGUGGAUUUCUUUGAAAACAUAAUUUAUAUUAUCACUUGUCCUAUUUCAAUGAAAAAAGUCUCCUAUGAAGACCAAAAUUCAACAUGUGAUGCUGCUUUAAAGAUAUUUAGAUCUGUUUUAAAAGCAGUCCAAAUGGAAAUAAAAAAUUUAGCUGUUGAUUACAAGGAUAUUGUGUUGUGUUUGAACUCAAUAUUAAGGUUCACAGCAAAGAUAUGUGAAGAUUUGUCUUCUAAAGGAAAAGGCAAUAAUGAUAUGCAUCAUGCUUCUCUGUCAUUUGUUGAGGCUGUCAUUGAGGAGUUAGAACCUCUGAUUCUGGGAUCCCCUUUGUACAAGGUGGCAUUAGACAUCAAGUUCAUUGAAAAACAACCAUCUCGUAAUGACAUUAAGCAUGCAAAAGUUCUAGGCAUCAGUUCUGUCACUUUCAUGGACAUGGUUUCACCCAUGGUUUAUUUAAUGGUCAUCUACAUCCGUGAGUUGGUUGGGUUAACUUUGAAUAAACCCAGAAUGGACUUUUAUAUACAAAAAUCUUACAAGUUCUUUAAAUUUUUAUUUUUCUCUUAUGACCCCCUAGAAGUGCUUCUAGCCACAAAUGGUUUGUUGUAUGAACGCAUAAGAUAUUGUCACUUGCAGAUAUGGACUGCAAUAACUGAAGGGCUAAAAGAGUGGAUACAUAGUGUGAAAGAUCUCUCAUUCUUAAAUAAGGAAUCCGAUAGUACAUAUUGUCUUGCCAUUUGCCGUCUCUUGUCCUACCCAUUUGUUAUAUGUCCGUUUCUUCUAUCAAACUCAACCCCAGUCAAAGUCAGAAGCUCCUUAGAAGAAGCUAUUGUUUCAUCAGGGAGAAGUAUUGAGCAUGAACAUGUUAUUGAGGUGUGGAAGUCACUUUAUGCUUCUGUUAUUACCUCAAAAAUUGAAUAUUCCACUAGCAGUUUCCCUGAGGACUUGUGUUCAGUUAUAAACGGAUGUCUGGAUGAUAGUACUAGCAUGCUUGUGUUAAGUACUGAGAUCGAUUCAAGUAAAGAGGAUUUGGAUCCUAAUCUUUUAUGUUUAUCUGGUGAUGUUGUGAUCUGUAUCCUGGAGCAUAUUAAAAUGUCAGAAUUAAGUUCAAGUUCAGCCAAAACUAAACUUGAUGGUGGCCAUAAGAUAUCUGGCUUCGACAAUAUCGUGGGACUUGCUGCCAGGUUCUUGAAGUUUUCAAGGAUGAAGAUGGGACUCAAACCACUAAAUGGUAUGCAGACUUCCAGGGUAUUUUCCUCAUUGGCUUGCUUUGUUAAUUGCUUAGUUUUGCAGGAAAAUAUUGUGUCAUUUUUCAAGAUCAUUUCUUGUCCGCUGCUUCUCUGGUUGUCACUUACUGAAAUACAGGAUCAAGCCACCAAUGAGCAGCUUCCAAGACUAUGGGCUGAAACUUUGAAUUCUUUGCAAAAGAGUCAGCCACCAAUAAUCUUCGAUUCUGCCUUCCUCAAACUUCAGGCAAGCCUCGUUGAAAAAGCCCUUAAUCACCCAAGUUUCUCAAUUUCUGAACCAACUAUCUCCUUCUGGAAUUCCACAUAUGGUAAGCAAGUGGAGUUGUAUUACCCUCAAAACUUGCUUCAUGUCUUAGACAAGCUCUCAAGAAGCGGAAGAAUAAAACUGUUGCCAAGUAGCCAACCAUUGCUGAAGAGAAGCCAUUCUGGAACAGAGGACAUUGCAGCACCACAGAAAUACAGGGUGACUGCAACACAUAAUAGGAGCUCGAAAAGGGUAGAAAUAAUAGAGGAAACAAUAAAUAUGAUUGAGCAGAAGGGUCAAGUGUCGGCUAGUCCAAAAAGAGGGUGGUCCAUGCUCACUGAGCAUCAAAAGGAGGUUAGACGAGCACAACAGGGAAGGGAAUGGGAUUGUGGUGGACAUGGUCCUGGAAUCCGGACAUAUACAAAUGUUGAUUUUUCUCAAGGAAACGAUGAAUUACCAGAGACUCAAGAUUAUUAGAAUUUUGAACCCAUCACAAAGAUGUAAAUAUUCUGUUGUGGAUGGCGUAUGCUGUAGUGUUGCCUUUAAAGUAGUGAUUGACAAAUUAUUAAUGUGAAUUUGAUGGUAUAAUCUAGUGGUUGAGAGUGCAGGGUUUCUGUGCUUGGAUUCUA